AUGGAUUAUUUUGUGCCGCUGCAAUUCGAUGGUUGUGGUAUUUCUUUGCCUGUGCAGAUGAUUGGUUAUAAGUGCAAUUUCCUCUGGCCACUUAAAGAAAAUGCCAAUCUAAUAAGCCGAGUGAUGAAUUAUAUAGGUCUGAGUGUAAAUGUACUCUUCUAUUUUGGCACUAUUUUGGGCGAGCUCAGUUUUAUUUACGAAAAUAUGGGAAACAUACCAGCGAUCGCCGAUUGUCUGUCCACUGCUCUGAUGGGCGGGCAAUAUAUAAUACGAAUUUUUGUGCUCACCACUCGUAAUCGUUCGAUGAGAAAGCUAUUAAAAAAAUUUUACCGCAACAUAUACUUUACCAACGCCGACGAUUUAGCUUUGUAUAGGCAACUUAAGGCGAUAGUGCGCUAUGCUAAUAUAUUCACACAAUUCUACUAUGCACCAAUGCUGCUUCUAAUUGCACAAUAUGCAUACGAUGUGAUAAGCGUGGGUCUGGCAUCACCUGAUAAGCCAUUUAUCUAUCGUAUGUCUUUUCGCUGGUACGACGCACAGGUGCCGCUGCCAUUUAUCAUCACAGCCAUCUAUACUGGUUGGCUGACGAUAUCUACUGUGACAAUAUGGGCCGCUGAGGAUUACACACUCUGUUUGGUGCUCUGUCAUGCGAGUUUUCGCUAUAAGGAAUUGCGUUUGGAAUUGCAGCGCUUGCUGGAGACGGCACGUGCGGAGGCACAUUUCAGAAAUGAAGAUAUGCAUACAGCCUUUCGGCGACAUCUCUACGAUGUUUUUCGACGGCAACAGCGACUAAACAGCUUUAUUGCUGAGGCCAAGGCUCAUUUCACCCACCAAAUAUUCUAUAUUAUGUCUUUUGGCGUUCUGCUGCUCUGCGUUGUCUCCUUCCAGUUUCAGCGCACCGAAAUGGGCAUUGGAUGGAGUAAAUAUAUUGCUUGGCUCAUUUCACAAACUUCGCAGUUUCUGUUAAUUGGCUAUUUCGGUCAAAUGCUGAUGAAUGAGACCACAGAGUUAAAAAAUAGCUUCUAUUCGUGCCGUUGGGAGGAUUUGUUGCCUCUAGGCGAUCAAAAGAGCAAUAAAAUAUUACUGCGUGAUAUAAAAUUUGCCAUAAUGAAUGCUCAGAAGCCCAUUGUGUUGGAGGGUAUGAAAAUUUUUCCGCUGACUUAUGCUACAGUGGGUACGGCUCUUCGUUCAGCUGUGUCUUACUUUAUGUUCUUGAAUACUAUGAAUAACGCUAACUGA